AUGGUUUAUCGGAGGCCGGAUAAGUGUCCCGAGCACACAGUGCCAUACCUAAACCGAGAUCAGCUAAAAGCUAUUGGAUAUUACCCGAACUCCGAAGAAAGUAGCCGACUCGGUCGUAGGAACUGGCAUCUGUUUGUUAUGAUUAAGGCGACGAUAUUUUUCGGCUCAGUGACUUAUGCCAUUUUCGAAUCCCUGGACGACAUUGUGGAAUGGGGUCGGGAUCUCGCGUUCAUAAUAGCGACGUUUUUCAUAUAUUUCAAGCUGAUAUAUUUCCUGCUGUAUGCCGAUAACGUGGACGAGGUAAUCGAUGGCCUCGAGGAGUGCUACCGUUUGGAGAGAGCGGGUCCGGCGGCUGCAGGAGUGCGAUCGGCAAAACGCUUGCAUUAUCUGAUUGUCAUCGGAAUGCAAAUAAUUUGGGUGGCUUUCAUGGUAGUCUUCGUCCUGCUACUGGUUACCACGCCCCUCUGGACAGAACUGUCGCUGCCGUUCCAUGCAGCCUUUCCGUUUCACUGGCAUGAUCCUUCGAAGCAUCCGUUCACGCACAUUCUCAUCUACUUGUCCCAAACUUUCGACUCUGCCUACUUUCUCAUGUGGCUCAUCUCCGUCGAAGGGAUGUCGGUGGCCAUUUAUUCCCAGCUGACAACUGCGUUGAGUGUCCUGUGCGUUGAACUUCGGCAUCUCCACCAGUUCUGCGAUGGAGACGAGGAUCUACUGCGAUGGGAGAUCAAUCGUCUGGUCAAAUAUCAUCAGAAGAUUAUCAGUCUGGUGGAUCGAUGCAAUGAGGUAUUCCACGGUCCUUUAAUCAUGCAAAUGAUCGUCAACUUCUUGCUGGUCUCCCUGUCGGUCUUCGAGGCAAUGAUGGCCAGGAACGACCCCAAGGUGGCAGGCCAGUUUAUAGUUCUAAUGAUUUUGGCCUUGGGUCAUCUGUCGAUGUGGACGAAAUUCGGUGAUGUGAUGUCGCAGGAGUCGCUGGAAGUGGCCAAGGCUGCCUACGAGGCUUACGACCCGAAUAUUGCUUCGAAGGCAGUCCAUAAGGAUCUUCGCGUUGUAAUUAUGCGAUCCCACAAACCGCUGAUAAUGAGAGCCACUCCCUUUCCUGCCUUCAAUAUGAUAAACUACAUGGCCGUGAGUUUGGUUGAAGAACUGGAAGUCCUCGUAAUAAAACUACCUUCAUAUCUAUCCUCUUAG